GUCAUUAGGGGAGAGCCCGGAGAGGCACCACCAGCCGUGAUUUAGUGGCGGUAUUGCGUGCGCCCGCUGGUCGUCAGCGACAUCUCACUAAACUCAAAAGGAUGAGCGCAGAUCACCAUCGCGCCAUACUAGGCCCGGUUUUCGAGCGGAUGCUCUACUCGAGUAAUGGCUGUGUUUUGGGGGCCGAUGGGAUAUUAUAUGGUCGCUCGCUCGUGCACCUUUUCUUCCUUUUGCUCCUGAGCUUAGAGGGUGUCUCGUGUCGUCGGUUUCGAUUACAUUGCAUUGCACCAGACCUGUCGCUCGUUGGUGUCGACCAUUUGGGGCCCGCUUAUAUACUCUUAGGGCAUGCUUGCCUAGAGAAGUAAUAGAAAUCCAAUGCCGUAUCAGGUACGGCAGGGAGAUCUCGAGACAGGCGACUACAAUGUGAUGCUGAUGGACGACCAUCCUCUCCGCUCUUACCCCACGGAGUGCAUUCCAGGGCUGUCCAUAUACAUGGGAGAAUGGUAUACGGCGGCCAAGAAGAAUGCAACUGAACGCGUCUUCCGCUAUUCUUGUGUUUUUCUGGUGAUACUCGGCCUGAUCCAAUGCAUCACAAUUGUCGCCAAGGGUGCCAUGUUUCUUCUUCCAGGCGACCAUGACUGGAAGACGGUGGGAUGGGAGGAUUCCGAGGAGUGGUCUCCAGAGCUGACUCGGUUGCCACUGGAGUUCAAAAGUGAUGGGAAAUCAGUCGAGUGCAUCUCUCGACAUACGCGCUUACACGCUGACCCCUUUCAUUUCGCCAUGGUCUCAGGCUGCAGUGGAGUGGAAGCCGAUAUCUGGCUGCAUGGGAAUGAGAUCUUGGUGGGAAACUCGGUGACUGGACUAGACGCCGCCAAUACACUCGCACAUGUCUACCUCGAACCCCUUAUGACGGCUAUCGAGGAUCAAAAUGCCGGUCGUACAGCAAACGAAAACGGAGAGAUGAGCGCGCCUCGAGGAAUCUUUGCAGAGGAUCCGUCGAAAUCGUUCAUCCUGCUUCUCAACUUCAAGACCACUCCAAACUGGCUGUGGCCGCGUCUCAUCUCUCAGCUUUCCAUUCUUAGGGAAAAGGGUUACCUGACCUACCACGACGGCUCAGAACUUGUUAAACGGCCUGUCACCGUUGUGCUCACGGGGAGAGCGCCGUUCCACUUAAUCCGUGGUGACCGUGCUGUUCGCGAUAUCUUCUUCGACGCAUCCUUGGAGGAACUAGCAUUGAAUGACAGUGGGGAUAUUUCAAAGUUCACAGCGCCGCUUGCUUCCAUUAAGAGAGAUGUCGAGGAAACCGUCUCUGCUGCAGACGAGCAAACUACGACUACCGAGCGCGAUGUGAAAGACCCUCAUGAGGCCAAGCCAAACGAGCCUUUGCAGAACGCAGUCUACACCUAUAACGUAGAAAACACCUACACUGCCUCCGCCAACUUCCGCACCUCGAUAGGAAUGCCACACCGUGGUAGAUUCUCUCGUCGGCAGCUAGAAAUGAUCCGAGCUCACAUCCAUGCAGCGCGGAAACGCGGCCUGAAAGUUCGAUACACCGGUAUUCCUGACUGGCCCGGCAAACUUCGCCAUCUUGUCUUGUACACAUUAGUGAACGAAGGUGUCGAUAUCAUUGAGAUCGACGCAUCGGGAGAACAUCGCCGUCCACACCAAUCACGGCGAACUCCUGCACUAGCACAGGAGGAUGAGCAUGAAACACAACGCUUUAGGGCCUCCACUGUGUGAAGCCCGUUGCAUUUCCUUAUGUGUCCCGCUUUUUAUGUCUAGCCUUUAGAUGGUCCGAUACCCCAUGUAGCAGUAUGGAUAUAACCCAUAUAAUCAAGGAAUGCUGUUUCCAAGUAGCUAAAGAGAACCAUGCUUCUCAAUGUCUGUUUCCUGGAGUCCAUGUAACCAGUGAUGUACUCUCAAAAAUAUAACACUAAUAGACACGU